AUGGAGGCCAAGAAGCCUUAUGUGAUUGCUAUCAUUGUACAAGUGAUCUACACCGGCAUGUUCAUCAUCAGCAAGGCAGCCUUUGACAAGGGGAUCAACACCUUUGUCUUCAUUUUCUACCGCCAGGCAGCUUCGUCUCUGCUGCUGCUUCCCGUUGCAGUUUUUCUUGAAAGGAAAAAUGCACCAUCCAUUUCGUCGCAGAUGAUCUUGAAGCUCUUCUUUUAUGCCUUCAUCGGGAGUACGUUUAGCUUAAACUUGUACAACGUAAGUAUAAAGCUCACAUCAGCAACUGUCGCAUCUGCAACCUUCAACUCUCAAACUUACUCAACAUUCCUCACUGUGAUCACCUUCUGCUUGGCCCUGCUUUUAAGGAUGGAGGUGGUUAACCUGAGGAGCUCGUCAGGAAUAGCCAAGGUUACCGGAGUAGCGCUCUGCCUUGCUGGAGUUUUGGUCAUCGCCUUAUACAUCGGGCCUGGGAUAAGCCCUAUUAACCAUCACCGCGUCAUUGCUGCUCAUGUUUUGAGAGCUCCAGGCAGGGUCACAUGGAUCAAAGGGACGUUCCUCAUGGUCCUUGCGAACAUGUCAUGGUCCCUGUGGAUCGUUAAACAGGCUGCGGUGCUCCAGGAGUUCCCAAACAAGAUACUUAUGACAUUAUCGCAAUGCAUUUUCAGCACGGUGCAGUCAUUCAUUGUCGCUGUGGUGGCCGAGAGGGACUUCUCCAAGUGGAAGCUACGUCUCGACAUCAGCUUACUAGCAAUCAUUUACAAAUUACACCUGAAUGGGGUGUCCUUUUACUUACAAGCAUGGUGUGUGGAGUUGAAAGGUCCUGUCUUCCUCACCGUAUGGACUCCACUUUGCCUUAUAUUCACGAUAUUCUGCUCCUCCAUCCUAGGAGAAAUUGUUCACCUCGGCAGUAUUGUUGGUGGUAUCCUACUAGUUGCAGGCCUUUACAGUGUGCUAUGGGGUAAAAACAAGGAAAAUAAGACUUUGCAGUGCAACAAGGUGAAUACAAUGGACAUUGGUAUGCCAGAUGAGCAGGAGCACGAACAAAGGGAAGAGGAUAAGAAGGGCAGGGAAGAGCAGAAGGAAGCAACAUCAGCAUUCAUGGUUGAGCAAGUCUGA